AUGCCUGAAAUCCCGGAAUGCCUUGCUCGGCGAUAUAGGGCAUUAGACGAGCUUAUUGGAGAAUUGACUUCAAACAAGAGCGGGUCCAAUAUAGAUUGCUGUUCCGAUGACCCUGGGGUUAAGUUAAUGUGCAAUUUCUGGAACAUUCUUAAAGAAAAUCCUGAUUGCGACUUAACUCAAGCAGUCGAAGAACGUAUGGGCAUGACAUCGAAGAGCACCGGUUACUUUAAACCGAAGCGAGUAACAUGUUAUAUGGCUGGAUGUUGCAGGCGCGAUGGUGACAAAGAUUCUCCGAAACCAAAAAACACGGGUUGCUGCAAAUCCGGUCAGAGUGCUGACUCGAAGCCGCAAAGUUGCCAACGACCUAACUCCCCAAGUUCCGGGAGUGAUAAUAUGCCGCUCAGUAAAGUCCUCUGCAAUAUUAAGGAAGCUGCAUCGUUUGAUAAAAAAUGUCAAGCGAAAGUGAGCGAGCUAUUAGCGACACAAAAGGAGCUGCAAGAACAAAUCGGCAAUUUGGAACAACGAGAAAAGGAAGGGAUUCAACUUUUGAAACAAGCGGAUUGCAUGUGGACGUGCAUGGAAGCGUCGUACAAGAAAAAAGUAGCCGAAUCGCUAGAGCGACAAAAAACUCUUCUUAAACAGAUGAAAGAAGUAGAAAACAGUGUCCAAAAAUGGCGGAAGAAUAAGAAAGAUUUAGAAUUUCAAAUGGACAAUAUUGGAAAGUGUCAGCAAGAAAUAAAAGAAAAGACAACUGAAAAAAAUAGCGAUUUGAAAUGCAUCACUCUAGAAAUAGCAGACUUUAGUAAGAGAAUAGAAAACAAUAAAAGUGAUAUCGAGGGUACAAAUAAAUCUUUUUCAUCUAAGAAGAAUGCUUCCUGUGCAAAAUUAGCUUAUAUAGCGAAUGAAGUAACGAGGUUAGAAAAACAACUGAACGAAGAAAAAAAGCGUAAAUUUGAUAAAGAACAGGAAGGAAGCAAAUAUAUUAAAGAUGCUAGGGAUGACCUGCAAAAACUUUGCAAAGUAUUAUUGCAAAAGAAAUUGGAAAACGAAGAUAUGGCGGCGGAGAAGGAAGCGUUGCAAUUGGAAAUCGAAAUGCUACUUCAAACAUGCGACCAGUGCAAAGAUAAAUGUAGAAAUAAACAGCAGAAUAUUGAAGAUGAGAUACAAGCAAUUAAUAAAGAAAUAGCGAACUUUAAAGUGAGAUGUAUUCGAUGUCACGAGUGCACGGACACUGUUGAUAUGAGAAAAUUUUGUACUGACUGUCCGAGAUGUGCCCAUGAAAGAAAUUGUUUGCUCGAAGGCGAUCAUUGUAGUCCUGAUCAUACAAUGGACUGCGUUUGCAUGACAGUAAAGCAAAAGUUCUUGGACAAUGUCUUCGAGAAUAUGUAUACAAUUCUAGAAAGGCAAACAAAAACUUGUCAAGGAAAAGCGGUCGCUGAUGCCGUUCUUACUUGCCUUAAAAAGAGCCGCAAUGGUAAACUGAACGAAGCUACCAAAAAAAUAUUGCAAGAGUUUAUUCUGAAUACAGUGAAAAAGAAUUUGAAUCUAACUAUUGUCGGUGGUGCUGUAAAAACACGAUGCGAGAUGGAUCAAGAGACCUAUAAACAACUGAUGCUCUGUUUGAAACAAAUAAAAGUUACCAAGCCUGAUAAAGUUGACAAAGGGACGCCUACUAAAAAGGACCCAUGCCGACGCUGGCCGAGUUCCAGUGAAUGCAAUUGUCCUAAUGGUCCUAGGGACUGUAUUUGUACAACACGGGCUCCUCCGCCACCGAAAGAUCCGGCUCCUUGUCCAGAAGAUCCAGAGGAUAAAGAGGAACCGGGUGAAGUAGUGAUGUGUCCGCACAAAGAUUCCACCCCGUGUGGUCCCGAUUGCGGUAUGCAUGCAAGUCGUGUAGCUGCUGAUGUAGCAGCCUGGAAACCAAAUCCAUGUCAAGAACCAUCAUGCCAGUUACGGAACAUGAGGGCAGCGCAGUGCGUGCUUGGGCCAGAAGCAUUGUGCUCCAAUACUUUAUCACGUGGUUUCAAAUCCUCUGUUCCCAUUAUACCAAGUGUGCAGAGUGUGAGAAAACAAAAAUCAUGCCAGUGUAGUCAUACGUCGACAAAGCCAUGCGGCUGUCAUAAGGAUACAAAACAACUGAAAAGAGAAAGAGUUUCAAUAUGUGACAAGGGAAUGUGUACAAUCGUACAGUUUCCAUUCAGUGACAAAAAGAUAGCCUUCAGUGACAGCGAUUUGCUAUACAAUAUCGACCACAUUGUCCCGGUGAAAAAACCUGGAAGAAUAUCUGAAUCUAUAUCUAGCCUAUCAUUUAAAGAUCACAGUAUAAGUGACAAUAAAAAAGAAAAACCUUUUGUAAAAUAUAAACAACAAAAUUCAACCUUUGAAAAUAAAGGAGCGCAACAUAAAAUUAUUAAUAAAUUUAAAAAUAAUGGAACAUCAAGUGAUUCGGAUGACGAAAACUUAACAAAUAACAUAUUAAAAAUAGUCGUUAAUGAUGGUGGAAAAGAAAUAAUAUGUGCAGCUCCAAAAUUAUCUGAAUCACCUUCUGGAAACAUAACUAUGGCGUUAGAAGAAAAUAUUUUAAAAUUUAUUGAUACUAAAACGAAGGAAAACGCUGAUCUAUAUAUGAACCUGAAAGAAGAUAGCUCCGGAUUUUACUCAAUAAAUAUUGGAUGUAAAGAAGGAGAUAAAAACGCGAAAAAAAUAUUGGUAAAACAAACAUCAUCGGGCAAUUUACUUCUGGAUCUGAAGAAAACAAUACCUAAAAAGUUACACUCGCACCGUUGUAAAAAACAUAGCAAAGCUAAAUCAUCUAAAAAAAUAAAAGAAGAAUCUACUACAAAACGACAUAGAGAUGUCGUCGAUAGCUGUAUAGGUACUUUUGAAAUAUCUGGAACAUCUCAUGAACACCCAAGCAUAAGUAAAUCAGAGUUAUGCCAAGCCACUAUAUUGGGCUUGAAACGUGCUAUUAAAGAGCCAUUAAUCUUACGUCGUACAGAUUCAGGUAACUAUGAUAUUGUAUUAGACAAAGAGUAUGAAAAUUGGUAUAAGGAUAUUGCUAAAUGUCACGAAUGUGAAGAAGACGUUACAUGUGUAAAAUUUUUAAAGACCGACUCUGAUAAAUAUGUCAUAAAUUUUGAUCCUAUACCGGAUAGCAAAUCCAAAAAAGCGUACUUGUCAAAGACUGAAGAUGGAAACUUAAAAUUAUUAAUAGAUGAUAAAGAAGAAUCUCACACGAAUUUAUUACGACAAAAAAGUUCUUUUAUAUCAUCAAAAAUCUUUGAAAAUGUACUUAAUCGACAACAAGAUUCAGAACCAAAAGUCGACGAAAAAGAACAGAAAAAAUACAUAUUUCAAAAGUCAUGUAGUGAAUCCAAUAUUUAUAAUAAUGUAAGAAAUAAUCUUUCUCUUGACAUUAAUACCGCUACAUCACCAAAGCUAACUAGAACAGAUUCAGGACAGUACACUGUAGUAUUGGAUAAAGUUUCAAGAAACUCGUUCGUUAAUAAUCUACGAAAAUAUUUGUGUGGCUCAACUAAAGGUUACAUUCCGAUAAAGAAAAACGAGAAUGGCGAUAUAUCAAUAGCAUUAAACAACGAUAUAAAAAGUAAUGCGCAAUACGCAUCAUUCAUCAUCAAACCAACGGGCAGUAUUUAUGUAACUUUAAAAGAGAAUAUGAAAGACGAUAGAGCGGAUAUAUCAACAGAUUUCAGUUCACACUCUGACGUAAAGUGGGAUCAAUAUAUAGAUGAAGUUAAAAAUCCAUCUGUUAAAGGUGUUUCGACCACAUGCAACGCGUUGAAAGACGGAUCCUGUGACAUAAACAAAUGUGUCUGUAAACAUUUAUGUUUCAAGUCGAAAAGAUGGGUUGUUGACGAUAGUACGAGUGGUGCUGGCUGUGGUGUUGUUUGGAAGCGUGAUAAUACAGAUAAAGCAGGCUACAGAUCCGCGCCAUUCAACAAUGUUUGCAACGGUGGUAACACUAUUAAUACUCAUAUUGUUAUUAAGCCUCGUAAUGAUGAUAUCAGCCCUAAAAAUAGCUACAAUGAAGAAUUUAACUGCUACAAUGUUUGCCCUUAUCACGUGACUAGAUAUAACAAAUUGUCAAAUGAGCUCAUCGAAAUAUCAGGUUUGUGUCAAACGGGAAAGGCAGGAGAGAGGCAAAGUAUUUGUGAAGGUAUUGCAGAGGAACAGCGUAAUAUUUUCAACAGGAUCCAAAGGCAGGACAGAGGAAAGGAGAGAUCAGUUAGAGAAAGAGUUGAAGAGAGACGGAAUUGGGACUCUAUAGAGCAUAUGCCGCAUCAAUUGCCUUCCUUUUUGAAAGACUUCAGUUGUGCCAUUUGA